AUGGUUGGACACAUGCUUCGAACAAGUCGGAAAAAGCAGGCGCUGUUGUGCAUCGGGGUGUUGAUAGUUGCGCUAUGCGCUGCAGGUGGAUGCAUUUUUGUGUACAAGCAAAUGGGUGAGGGCACGUGCGAAGAAGGUGCUUCGAAAACGUCAGAUGAAAAGAAGCAGGCGCCUUUGGGGGCGGAUGCAAAGAAGGACCAAAAUUCAAAGGCGCCCUUGAAAGAGCCAGAAGCUGGUUCGGAUGCGAAGAACAAGCAGGGUGCAGCGCAGGCUGAGGCAGGCCAAGACCAGGCAAAAGCACCCUUGAAAGAGCCAGAAGCUGGUUCGGAUGCGAAGAACAAGCAGGAUGCAGCGCAGGCUGAGGCAGGUCAAGACCAGGAAAAGGCGCCCUUGAAAGAGCCAGAAGCUGGUUCGGAUGCGAAGAACAAGCAGGGUGCAGCGCAGGCUGAGGCAGGCCAAGACCAGGAAAAGGCGCCCGCACACUAG